AUGGCCGAUGUGUGGUAUCCACCAGAUAUAAAAACUUGUCAGUCUCCAAAAGUUUCCUGUGAAGAACAUGGCAAAAACUUAUUGGUUAUGUUCUGCGAGGAUUGUAAAGUGGCAUUGUGCUCGACAUGUGUGAAGGCAAAUCACAAAGACCACAACUGGGACCUUAUUAGGAAUAUCGCUCUCCAAAUACAUGGUAACAUUGAAUCGGAUUUUAACGAAAUAAGAGAUCAUCACUUUAAUGAACUCGAAAAAGAAUUGAGCGCUUUUCAUCAACUGGAAGAAAGAAAUACGGCAACCUUCAAAAGACAAGAAGAAAAACUUCAAAUUCAGUUUGAUUUAAUUGUGCAAACAGUAUCGGAUGUUAAGGAUAAAUUAUUUAAUUGUUUGAAAACUCACUGGACGAAGAAGAAUGAAUUUCUAGUUAAUAUGAAGGGGCGUAUCGAAACACAAAGAGAUAUGGUCGGCAAAAUAAUGUCUUUCAUAGAAGAGAACAAUUUGAGCGAUUCCCAUCUUGUUGAAACCUACACACAGUUACAAAACCUACUGAUACAUGAAAAAUAUGAGUUUUCUGAGAAUGACUUUGCUAUUCGUUUUCUUUCGGGAGAACUGGACCAGUGUGCUUUAGAGAAAAUGAUUGGACAAUUAAAGAAUGUUGACAACUUCACAUUUAAUCCCAUAUCUAGUUUUAAAUUGGGAGAAUCUCAAAUCGAUUCAAUUCAAUCCGUCAACGAGAAUACAACUUGGCUUUAUCAAGAGCAAGUGUGCUCACUUGUCGAUCAGAAAGGAAUAGUGCAGGACAAAAAGCAAGUGGACUGUGAGUUCGGAGAUUUUACCGUCUGCUCCAAUGGUAAUAUUUACUUUACAGACUUAGACUCUAAAAGCAUCAGAUUAUUAACAUCAUCGGGUGGGGACAGGGUUGUGUUAGAAACUGAACCUCUAGUUCCAACGGGAAUUUGGCGGUCUAUCAUUGGAGGUCUGCUGAUAACACUUUGUGAAGAGGACGAUCCGUACAACCCAGAUAGCACGUGUAGACGUUUGGUGGAAAGCAUAACUUUAAGUGGAAAGAAGGUCAAAGAAAUUGAAUUUGAUACCAAAAACAACAGACUGUUUACGUUUCCCACUAGAGUUAUACAAAACAAGAACACAGAUAUAUGUGUUAUUGACAUGAAAGAGUGUGAUGUUGGAGAUGUGCAUAUUUUAUCUUCCAGUGGUGUGAGUAGAUUCGUGUACCGUGGAUGUUAUAGAAAUCAAAAGAAUCCCUUUUGCCCGAGCGCAUGUGUGUGUGACACAGAGCACAAUAUAAUAGUAACAGACAUUUACAACAGUCUUAUCCAUAUUAUUCACUCAGAUGGAGAGCCUUUAAAAUUGGUUUACAUGGAAGACAAUUUAGAACCUUCUUGCAUGUCCAUUUGUAAAGGAAUUGCGUGGAUUGGAACCACAGAUGGUGAAGUGAAAGUUUACAGAUACACUAACAAUCCGGAAUCAUCCGAAUCCCAGCUAUAA